GCGGAGCCCCAGCGUGCUUCCCUCUGCUGCCGAUAUCCAUCCAGCCUGGCUCCGACCUCCCACGCCCUUUCUCUCUAGCCAUCCCAAAUCAGGAUGUGGUGGUUCCUCAUCGCCUCCCUGCUGACCCUGCUAUACUAUUUGUGGCAAAAGCUGGGGACUCUGGGCAAGAAAUAUCCCACUUGUCUGCCCUAUCUGCCCAUCCUGGGCAGCCUUCCCUAUCUGAACUCCUCUGACCAAGCACACAUCUUAUUCACCAAGCUUAAGGAAAAGUACGGCCACAUCUAUGCCUUUUGGAUGGGGCCUUCGUACGCUGUGGUAGUGAACCAGUUCUCACUGGCCAAGGAAGUGCUUCUCAAGAAGGGCAAGGAUUUUGCCAGCCGCCCCCGAAUGGUAACCACAGACAUCCUGAGCGGCUCGGGCAAGGGCAUCGCCUUCAGCCAGUACGGCCCCCAGUGGCGGAUGUACCGAAAGCUGGUGCAGUCCACCUUCUCCUUGUUUAAGGAUCGCUCCCAGAGCUUUGAGAAGAUCAUCUGCCAAGAGGCCACUUCGCUCUGUAAGUCCCUGGCCGCCUCGCAAGGCCAGACCAUGGACCCGGCUGUGGACUUUUUCCUGGCUUCCGCCAAUGUCAUCUGCCAGUUUUGCUUCAGCACCUCCUGGAAGCAGGACGACAAAGACAUCGAGAUCAUGAUGAACUUCAGCGACACCAUCAUCAAAAAUCUGGCCCAGGACAGCCUGGUGGACAUCUUUCCCUGGGCUCAGCUGUUCCCCAACAAAGAACUGACACUGUUGAAGGAGAGCGUCAUGAUACGGAAUAAGCUACUGGAGAAAAAACUUAAAAUUCAAAAGGAGAAAUUCAACAUAGAUUCUGUCAACAACCUCCUGGAUACGCUACUGAAAGCCAAGGUGAACCACAAUGGCCAAGUGACCCAGGAGCCAGAGAUCACAGAUGAGCACAUCCUGAUGACGGUGGGUGACAUUUUUGGAGCUGGUGUGGAGACUACCAGUAGUGUUGUCAAGUGGUGCAUUGCCUACCUGCUGCACUAUCCUCAGGUAAAGGAGAAGAUCCAGAAGGAAAUUGACCAGAAAAUUGGCUUUAACCGAACACCUGUACUCAGUGACAGGAAUCAACUUCUCUACCUGGAGUGCACAAUACGUGAAAUACUCCGCAUACGGCCAGUGGCUCCCUUGCUUAUCCCUCACAUGGCAUGUUCUGACAGCAGCAUUGGAGAAUAUACCAUCCCUAAAGGCACCAGGAUCUACAUCAAUCUGUGGUCCAUCCACCAUGACCCUACAGAAUGGGAUGAGCCAGAAAAGUUUAAGCCAGAACGAUUCCUGGACAAGAAUAAGGAGCAGCUCAUCAUGCCAACUGCCAGCUACUUUCCCUUUGGAUGUGGACCUCGAGUCUGUAUUGGGGAGUUCUUGGCUCGGGCAGAGUUGUUUCUCUUUCUGUCUUGGAUUCUCCAAAGAUUUGACCUGGAAGCACCUGACGAUGGAGAACUACCCUCCUUAGAGGGGAAAUUUGGGGUGGUAUAUCAGAUUAUUCCCUUCAAGUUAAAGUUCAAGUUGCGGAAGUCCUGGAGGGAGGCUCAGCUCAGUGCUUAGAGAAUAGUUAAAUUCUCCUCCAUUUUAGCUGAGGAACAAUCAUAAACAAAAUGAUGGGGGACCAACUUAACAAGUUAACAUGAGGUUCUGAUCUGGGCAAACACAACUGGUUCAGCACUACUGAUAUUACCACUGGGAAUCUACCUAAGAAAAACUCCUCUCAGGCACUUUCAGGAUCUUAGCUGCUGGAAGGUGCUGAAAGAGACAGCAUGGCCAUCUCUCCAACUUGCUCAUUAUUUGAGCAGCUGGGAAGGGACCAAACCAUGGCCCCUUGAAUCAAUCCAUCCUCCAGACUGACUCCUCAAUCAGCUCCAGAGUCAGCUGCCCCACCCACCAGGUUCUUUGUCUGGAAGGGUAAAAGAUUUAUGAGGGGGUGGUGAGUUGGAAGGCAAGGGAGGGGCAGAAUGAAGCAUUUCAAAUGUCCUCAGAAUCUGAAAUAAUAAAGCUUUUUGCACAUGUGUGAUGACCAGUA